UAAUUCUGAUUAAGUUCACUGUCAAACAACAUUCACACUUCAUACAUCACAUACAGAUGCUCAGACAGAGAAACAUAUGCAAAUACUAAAAUACAAAGCGCAGGAGACCAUUAGUACUCGGCUAAUACAGUUGCCAAUCGAUAGCCGGAAUGAAGCGCAUUCACGUUGGCACCUCCGCACCCAAGUACCAGAGCGGCAAAUGGACCUGGGAGGAGAAGACGCAGAGCUUGCGCUUCCAGCCCUACUCGGACUUGGAGGAUGCGAAUGAACGCUUUAUCGAUACGAAUGGCUUCAAGUUUUUGCGCACCAUCAACCAGGAGGAGGAGCUGAUCUUUCGUCAGGUCUUCGCACGACCCAUUACCUCAUACGAUGGGGACACUGUGGUGCUCAAUGACGUGCGCGACUUGGUCCUCUUUAUGAUGCCACAUGAGUUCCUGUCGACCAUGUUUGUGGAGUUCAUGCACAGGCCGGCAGUGCAUAGACUUCUGCAUGCCCUGAUCAUCUACUUCGAGCACUUUCUACGCAUGGUCGAGUUCCUUUUGAUACGGCGCGACGAGCUGGCUGGCAACAUGGCCCAGGUCCAGAGUGAGCAGACGAACGAGCUGAAGCGCAUCUUCUCGUGCAAUUUGAGCCACUUCCGCAUGCUGGUGGCUAGAAACUACAGCCUCAUUGUAAUGGGCGAAUCCGACAUGCAGAAGUUCUACCAUACCAAGCCGGUGGUCAACAUUUCGUCAACGAUCAAGGAUCGUGGAUUUCACGAGCAUUUCUUGGCGGUCGCCACUCAGAUCAUCUGGAUAACUAUGCACAGACGCGCCUAUUUCAUCAUCGAGAUGGAGAUGAAUCGACUCUUUCGCUCCGAGCACUUCCUGAUGAAUCGCACGCAGUAUCCGAAUUUCUCGACCGUCGAGCGAUCUUUGCUCUACGGGCGCAACAGCAAGAUUUUCAAUUGCCGCGUCCAGAACUCGCCGAUGAUCCAGGAGCUGCAGCACGUCGCUGACGAGGAUAUGCCCAUUCUGUGGAUAGGCGAGCGGCGGUAUCGCGGCAACGAUCAGCGCAUAGCGAGUGUGGAAAUGGAGUAUCUGAUACCGGAGGCGCAGUUGCAUUUGGUUGAUAUUUCGCACGGUAUUCUCGGCCAUCCGAAGAAUCUGUAUAACACAAUUCUCUCGCUGGACUGGCCGUCGGUGCGGUUUGCCAACUACUCGGAGCAGCACGAUCCCUUCAAUCUCUUGCGACAACCAAGCAUCAAGUUGCCCAACAUCAAUGAGCUGCAGAUGCGCAAGAUGGCCAAGCAGUACGAUCAGUUCUACAAGGUAUUCCGGAUCUACGAGACCUUCAGCCAUCAAACGCUUAGCAACUGGAAGAAUCGGGACAACAUUAUAAAUUACUAUUGCAGCGGCGGAAUUCUGAAGAACAUUUACGUGCGCUGCGAGGAACAGCUGACCACAGUCGAGGAGCGGCCCGACGUCGCCAAGAUUGUGACCAACUAUUUCGAUGUCAUCUUCAGGCUGCGCAAGAAGAAGGAAUCAAACAUGACUUUUGCUGGCUAUAAGAAAAAGGGAACUGACUACUUCUUCAACUAACACAAAAGCAACAAAUAGAGGCAGAGAGGGAGAGAGAGAGAGAGAGAGAGAGGAAUGGGCAGGAAAAACAGAUGAUGCAAUGUUAACAGUUCCUUUAGCAUUUCCAAUUGAUGAUGCAGCUUUCAGUUCAAACUAUUCACAUUCCGCUUCAAUCACAAACUAGAAAAUAUGAGAUCUGUUAAGACGAAGGCUUUUACAUUUUGUACCGAGCGCAGCUCAUUCGUUCGAAUCUUCAGAAGUUCUACAAUUGCCAUACGAAUUUAAAACUUAAAAUGCCUAGAGGUAAUAUCAAAAUCUUUCCCGACCGUAUGGAAU